AUGCGUCGAACAGUGCUUGACAAAAUCACGUUGAAUGCCACGGAGCAGCAGAUCAAAAACGUGCUCGUGGACUUCUGCACGCAGUACAACGAGCAGAAAACAGGCGGGGAUUGCGGGCGCCAGUUGGAGCUCCGGAUCACCGGCGGCUGGGUGCGUGACAAGUUGCUAGGCGACGAGAGCAACGACUUGGACAUUGCAAUCAACGUGCUUUCCGGCGAGGACUUUGCCGUGCAGUUGAUGCAAUGGGCAGACUCCACCAGCACGUCUCUAGGCGACAACGCCGCCAGCUUGCACACGAUCAAGAAGAACCCGGAAAAGUCCAAGCAUUUGGAGACGUGCACGACCAAGCUUUUCGGGCUCGACGUGGAUUUCGUCAAUCUCCGCAACGAGCUGUACAGCGCCGACAGCCGCGUGCCCCAGGUCGAGUACGGCACCGCGCAGCAGGACGCCAUGCGCCGCGACGCCACGCUCAACGCGUUGUUUUACAAUAUCAAUGAGGACCGCAUCGAGGACUUCACCGGCCAUGGGCUUGCGGACCUCCAGGCCGGCAUCUUGCGCACGCCCUUGCAGCCACUACAGACGUUCUUGGACGACCCGCUCCGGGCAUUGCGCUUGGUGCGGUUUGCGUGCCGCUUCAACUUCACCAUCGAGGCCUCCACCUUGGAGGCCAUGAAGGACGGGCACAUGAAGGAGACGCUCGUCAACAAAAUCAGCAGGGAGCGCGUGGGAGUGGAGCUCCACAAGAUCCUAGAGAGCAGCAACGUGCCGUACGGGCUCCGGCUCAUCAACCACGUGAACUUGACCGACUGCCUAUUUGACGCGGGCACGCUCACGCCAUCCAUCCAGCAGGCCAACGAAAAGGCGGUGCUCGACGAGAUCGAGCUAGCCAAGGAUCAUGUGACCAAGGCCGUCGACGAUACCACGCGCCACUACGCCGUGUUCAUGCAAGCGCUCAAGGCCACGCCCAGACUCCAUGCGUUGGCACAGGAGGUGUUUGCGGCCAAGCUCAAGCAGAAGUUGUUCUGGCUCUGCGUCACCUUACAUCCAUACGGAGGCAUCCGGGUGAAGGUGCAGGCCAAAAAGCUCCAGUCCACCAGCUACACCGAGGUGAUUUUGAAAGAGGGCCUCCGCUACGGCAGGGCCGAGCACGAAACAUGCACGCGGAUCGCCGCGGACAUCGUGGAGGGCCUGUUCUUGUCCACAUACUUUGCAUGCCCGCAGGACGUCAGACGCUCGGAAAUCGGGCUCUACAUGCGCCGGUUCGGCGAGCACUUCAGCAUCUGCAUGGUGGCAAAUGCCUACCACGACUUUCUCAGAAACAUCGAGCCUUGUCCGUUCAACACAGACGUGCAAGCCCCCACAGAGAAGCUUGACUUCUCCCAAGCAAACCACGUGCUCAGCCAGUACGAGCUGCUCCUACAAAAUGUGGACGAGCUCGAGCUUAGUGGUGUCAAGGACAUGAAGCCGCUCAUCGACGGCAAGAUCAUCUCGAAUGCUCUCCAACGGAAACCAGGGCCGUGGAUGAGGGACGUUCCGCAGAAGGCCAUGGAAUGGCAGUUGGACAAUCCAUCUGGCUCUGUGGAAGCGUGCUUGGAGUACAUUCGUGACCAGUACAGUGGCCUGAGCUGA